CGUUCAUGUAGAAUUUUUAAUUUCCAUUGUUUUUACAGACGAUCGUGAAUUGUUCAUUUUAAGUUUGUUUUUUCAGUUUUAUAAAUUAGAAAGUUUAGAGACGAAUUGCUAAAUGAAUUUCGGUUUUUUUGUGUUUUAUAUUGUGUGGAAAACCAAACGGAAAUAGUUGACAAUUAAAACGAAAUCUUGAAGUAAUGUAAUUAACAAGGAGUUUGUAAAAUUUGUUGCUGCUACCUGGGCACGGUGUCAAUAAACUCUAUUAUGAGGUGUGCCUUGCAGAAACAGAUUUGUGAAAGUGAAAAUUGAUAGGUAUUAAGUAACUGAAGCCGUAAAACAAAUGAUUCUGGAUGUCAUUUUUUCAUUGGGAAAUAAGAAUGUUUACUACAUGAUACACCCGCUUGAGUAACGUGAAUGCUGCUUCAGGUGGUGUUCUGUAGCAAGUCCCAUCCCGUCAGCUCAAGGGAAAUGUCCACGAUUAUCCAUAGUCCGUCCGUCGGGAUAAGCUGAUCUCAAAUCUCAAAGGCCAUAAUGGCCGCAGACAUGAGGUCUCCAAACGUAUCAGUGACACCCAUAAAUAUGGAGCCGUACCCGCCGCCCAGUCUUUCCAACGGCAACGUGAGCGUGACGACGCCCAUGACGGAUAUGCCGCGCUCUAGAUCGACGCCUUUAAACGCGACCAGCAUCGUCACAAACGGCGGCGGCGGCUGCUUACCCACGGAGCUUCUCGACUCGAGCUCGGUGGACGCCGAAGUCGCUCGCAUCCAAUUCCAUAGCGAACUAGACCAGGUUAACAUGCGAAGUAAAAAGAACAAACGCAGCGAGGUCGAGAUGGUACCCAGGCCGAUGAGCUGGGAGGGCGAGCUGUCCGACGGCGGCAACGACAGGGACAUGUGCAUCGACGAGGACACCCAAACGCAAAUACCCGAAAACCUGUCGCUCUCGCAAUCGAAACAAUCGUCAACCACCACGAUAAGCAUCGACAACUCGAAGGAGAGCCCCAUAAUGCGGUCCAAACAGCCGCCCAUGGGCAACUUCGCUCUGCACAGCACCAGCAACUCGCCGCUGCUCGGCCAGAGGCAUCCCAUGACCGGGGUGCCGAUGAUGGGCGGCCACAAGGAUCUCAUGCACAAGGCGCUGAACGUGCCGCCCACCCCGAGUCCCGAUUCCGCCGUUCAUUCCGCUUACAGCGUGUUCAGUUCGCCGAACCAGAGUCCGCUGACUCAGAGACAUGUCACUUUGACGCCGAAUUUAAGUCGAAAUAACAGCGAUGCAUCGCAUUCCAGCUGCUGCAGCUAUUCGAGCGUGUCGGUAUCGGUUUCGCCGACGCAGCAGUUUUCUCCCACGCACAGUCCUAUACAGAGUCGCCAUAUGCACAAUAUUCACAGCAGCCCCCUACAUCACAACAUUCUGUAUCGCAGUCUGCAAGAGGACCCGACCCUCCAAUACGGCACCGAACACGAUCCUCUCGACGAUAACGAAGAUAAGACUGGAUUAAUACACGCUUCUUUGCCCGCUCAGCCGGGCAUAUCGCGACAGCAGCUCAUCAACAGUCCUUGUCCCAUUUGCGGCGACAAAAUUUCUGGAUUUCACUACGGCAUUUUCAGCUGCGAAUCGUGUAAAGGAUUUUUCAAAAGGACCGUUCAAAAUAGAAAGAACUAUGUUUGUUUGAGAGGGGCUCAGUGUCCCGUUACUGUUGCCACGAGAAAAAAAUGUCCCGCUUGUAGGUUCGAAAAGUGUUUGCAAUGCGGAAUGAAAUUAGAAGCUAUAAGGGAAGACAGAACAAGAGGCGGUCGCUCAACGUAUCAAUGCUCAUACUCUCUACCGCCCUCUAUGGCGAACCAUCCCGAACUAAGGGGUAGCACCAGCGAUUUAAGGCACGACUCACACGGACUUACCGUCAAGUUAGAACCCCCGGAUUCUUCGAUAUCUCAUCACAAAAGGAUGUCGUUCCCUGGGUCUAAGGGUGUCCCCCCAUUAUUACAGGAAAUAAUGGGUGUGGAGCACCUGUGGCACUACAACGAGAUGGAACUGAAUAAAUUAAAUACAGAGGGACAUUUGGGAAGAGAAGGGGGUAGCGGAGCGGUGCAUAACCUCUCAAACCAUCCACUGCUGGCUGGUACGGCACUGGCCGGUUCUACCGACACUAAUCCGGACUUUGUCGCCAAUUUGUGCAACAUCGCCGAUCACAGGCUCUACAAAAUCGUCAAGUGGUGCAAAAGUUUGCCCUUGUUCAAAAAUAUUUCGAUCGACGAUCAAAUCUGCCUUCUGAUCAAUUCCUGGUGCGAGUUGCUGCUGUUUUCUUGUUGUUUCCGGUCGAUGUCGACUCCGGGCGAAAUAAAAGUGUCUCUUGGAAAAAGCAUAAAUCUUCAGCAGGCCAGAGAAAUGGGAAUGCAGGCUUGCAUCGAAAGGAUGCUGAAUUUUACCGAACAACUUCGUAGAUUACGAGUUGAUCAGUACGAGUAUGUUGCGAUGAAAGUUAUCGUGCUUUUAACUUCCGACACUGAGUUAAAAGAAGCAGAAACAGUAAGGGCUUCGCAGGAAAAAGCCUUGAAAGCUUUGCAGGAAUACACGUUGUCGCAUUACCCAGAGAGUCGGGCCAAAUUUGGGGAACUACUGCUGAGAAUUCCUGAAUUACAACGAACAUGUCAAGUUGGCAAAGAGAUGUUGACAAUAAAAUCAAAAGAUGAUGAUGGACCCAGUUUUAAUUUGCUGAUGGAACUGUUGCGGGGAAAUCACUGAGUCAACAUGGAUGUUAAUUAAAAAUAAGAAGAAAACUCACGUGCCUUAUUAGCUUAUGUGGUGGUGGGCCGCUCACAUGCACAUUUAACAAUUUCUCAUACAGACAGUAUUUGAAAAAACAACCAUCUAUCAAUUAUGCCUUUACUGUAACACGUUCUACACAUGUAGCAUUUCAAUUUAUUGUUUAUCAAAAUUUCUUGCCAUGAAAAAUAUUUUUUACCUGAUGUAUUAGAGCAAAAUUAAUUAUCUACUUUUCUUAGCUUUAAGUGAAACUUUACGUACUUAUGACACACAAGUGUCCAAAAAUUCUGUAAACCUCACAAUAAUGUGGGCAUAGUUUGUAAGUUUAUAGACUUUUGUCAAAAGCUGUACAUAUAGUUUAAGUUUCUAUUUUGAUAUUUUUAUAUUAUGACUAUUAUAAGAGGCUAUGUUUAUAUUUUAGCCAAGACCGUUAAUAUUUUUACGUAUACUUACAGGGUUAUUGCAAAUAUUUUAUUGAUGAUAAUCCGAUCAAAUUUCAUAGUUAGUUUAAUGUACAUAAAUAUUGUUUUAAAUUUUGCUGUUAUUUAUUGAUAAAGCCAUUUUGUACUAAUUUCAUAUUUGAAAUAUACCCUGAUAUUUUUACUAUCCUGCUCGAAAAAUUCUUGUAUCAAAUACAAGUAGGGCAAUCAAUUAAAUAGAAGAGAAAAUAUACAAAUUUGCAAUUAUUAUGUACCAACAGUAUUUCACUAGUCCAACUAAGAAGAAAAUAGUUGUAUAAAUCUGUUUAUUUUGCUCUUUUUGAUUUUGUAUGGCUAAUUUUUCUACCAAGUUUAUAAAGAUGCAAAUUAAAAAUCAGCUAUACAAAACACCAAUCCAUUCCAAUGUUAAUUAUUUUUAUGUAACUAAAAAUGUAGUUUUCAACAUCGCCGAUUUUACAUAAUACAAAUUUAAAAUUGAGUCUAUUGUUAUAAAUAGGCGUCAAUUUUUAUUUAUUUGUUUUUUUUUUCAAAAAUUAAAGCUUUAUUUUUUUAUUGUGCCAAAUUUUGAUAAUGUAUAUUCAUUUUUUUUUAAUACUAUUUAGA